AUGAUUUGGAUCCAUUCGCGAGGACUGAAGUUCGGCAUCUACGAAGAUUACGGUAACUUCACGUGUGCUGGCUACCCGGGAAUCUUGGGAUCUCUCGAGGUGGAUGCAUUCACGUUCGCUGAAUGGAACGUGGAUUUCGUAAAACUGGACGGCUGUUACUCACUGCCCAAAGACAUGGAUCAAGGUUAUAGUGAAUUCGGCUACCACCUGAACAAAACUGGCAGGGCCAUGGUGUAUUCGUGCAGUUGGCCGGUUUAUCAGACCUACGCAGGAUUACAACCCAACUAUUCGGCUAUAACUUCGAGGUGCAACCUGUGGAGAAACUUCGACGACAUUCAAGACUCAUGGGCUAGCGUGGAAAGCAUAAUUGAUUACUACGGCGACAACCAAGACGUCAUUGCGGCUAAUGCAGCCCCAGGACACUGGAACGAUCCGGACAUGCUGAUCAUUGGAAACUUUGGUUUGAGCUACGAACAGAGUAAGGUGCAGAUGGCUAUAUGGGCCAUACUCGCCGCCCCACUGCUUAUGUCGACCGACUUGAGGACCAUCAGACCCGAGUACAAGGCGAUUUUACAAAACAAAAAAAUCAUAGCCAUCGAUCAAGAUAAAUUGGGAAUCCAAGGCCGCAGGAUUUACAAGGUCAGUACACACAUUUUUCCUAUACCUACGCAAUUCGUUUGUUUGAUAACAUAAUAUUCUACAAGCCCA